GGUACAGAGCAAAGACGAAGCAGUGAAAGGGAUGAAAUUGAAGAAGAAAGAAAGAGAAUGAGCAGCAACGCCGGAAACGGAAAGGUCGUGUGCGUCACUGGUUCUUCUGGUUACAUUGCUUCAUGGCUCGUCAAGCUUCUUCUUCUUCGUGGUUACACUGUCAAGGCCACUGUUCGCGACCCUAAUGACUCCAAGAAGGUAGAUCAUCUGCUCAAUCUUGAUGGAGCCAAGGAGAGAUUGCACCUGUUUAAAGCAGAUCUCUUGGAAGAAGGUUCCUUUGACCCCGCUGUUGAGGGAUGUGAGGGUGUCUUUCACACUGCCUCUCCCUGCCGUACUGAUGUUAAAGACCCACAGACUGAACUUAUUGACCCAGCCGUCAAGGGAACUCUUAAUCUUCUUAAAUCAUGUGCAAAAUUGCCAUCUCUGAAACGAGUUGUUUUAACAUCUUCCAUGGCUGCAGUGUUAUGUAAUGGACAACCUAGAACUCCUGAAGUCGUAGUUGAUGAGACAUGGUUUUCAAAGCCAGAAUUUUGCAGGGAGAUUAAGCUCUGGUAUGCGCUUUCCAAGACAUUAGCUGAAGAUGCUGCCUGGAAAUUCGUAAAAGAAAACAACAUUGACAUGGUUGUUAUCCACCCAGCAUACGUACUGGGAUCACUUUUGCAACCAUCACUUAACGACUCUUCUGCUACAGUUUUAAAGCUAUUAACUGGUGCACAAACAUCUCCGAAUUUAACUGUAGGAUGGGUCAACGUGAGAGACGUUGCAAGUGCUCAUAUUCUAGCAUUUGAGAUUCCUUCAGCUAGUGGAAGAUAUUGUUUGGUUGAGACUGUGGCACACUUCUCAGAGAUUGUAAAGAUUUCACACGAAUUGUACCCAACAUUACCACUUCCAGAAAAGUUUGUCAUGGAUGAGCCAUUGAUGCCCAAGUAUCAAGUUUCUCAAGAAAAGACUAAAACCUUGGGAAUUGAGUUUAUUCCAUUAGACAUAUCUCUUAGAGAGAUAGUGGAAAGCUUGAAAGAGAAGAAGUUUCUCAACUUUUAAUCGUGAAAUCUCCUUUAGAUAUUAAUAAUCAUAACCGUGUUUUAGUUCACAUCUUU